GAGCAGCAGCUGCAGGAGGAGCUGGUCCAGCACGGCGGGGCCCGGGGGCAGGAGAACACGGUGAGGGUGAAGGUGGACGAGGGGACCUCAGACAGGAUGCAGCCCAACGGGGCACUGCAGGAGUCUGGUGACUCCUGGCCAGAGCAACCACAGCCGCAACCUGAGGGCGUGUCUCUGGAGGGGGCAGCACAGAGCAACAGUCCAGGGGUUCAGGUCCAGCCACCUCAUGGCCCCAGAGAGGAGACCCUCCCCAGCCUUCAAUCAGGUGCAGGGGCCCAGAGCAGAGCUCAUCAGCAGUCUCCUGAAGAAAGGCCUGCAAACAUGGAGCUGCCGACAGGUGCCCUGAGCCCUGAGCAGGACCAGCUGCAGAAGGGGCAGGACAGGCCGGCAAGGCAGGGGGAGAGCAUGGAGCUCUGGGAAGCCUUUGAUGAUGUGGCUGUGUACUUCACGCGGGAGGAGUGGGAGCUGCUGGAGGAUGCACAGAAGGGGCUUUACCGGGACCAGAUGCUGAGCAACUGCCGAGCCCUCGUUUUCCUGGGAUAUCGAGGUCCCACACCUGACUUAAUCAGCCGCAUCCAGCAAGGACAGGAGGAGCUCUGGAUCUUUGACCUCGAACCCAGGAAGUGUUGA